AUGCUCGCCAAGUCGACCAUUACUAUCAUUCUGAGCUUCUGCUCUGCCCUUGGAGUCGCUACUCCCCUCCCCAUUAGCGCUGAGAACUCGGCUGCUCCUGCUGAAGUCAAGCCGCGAGCUGUCCCUCUCUACUGGGCAAACGCUCUGCUUCGCUCCGCCGAGGCCGACCAGGCCGACGAAAAGGAGAAGCGUGCCACUCCUCUCUACUGGACGGACGCACUUUAUCGCAGCGCCGAAGCUGAUGAGGCCAGUGAACAGGAGAAGCGCGCUACCCGCCUCUCCUGA